UAGUGUCGAGCUAGCUUAGUUGAAUUAGUAGCUCCCUCCACCGAUCAUCAUCAUCAUGCGUACUAAAAAUCUGAUCAACUCUCUGUACAUUAAAAAGAGGACUAAUGUGAAAGAGGUCGACGCGGGCUGGGUCUCAAGAGAAGAGAAGAAGAAACAGGAGAAGAUACAAAGCCACAUGGCCACGGAGAGCAAGAAACUCAAGUUCCAGGUGGUCACAUACAAUGUUGCGGAGCUGGCUAAACCUGACGGGGCUGACUUAACUUCCAUACUAGCUCUUGAGGACAAACCAGAUGUUAUAUCCAUCGGGUUGGAAGAGUCAGGAGAUUUUGAUUUUAUACCAGACGAGGAGCACAAACAAGACCCCUGGUGCAAAAAGUUUGAUUCCCUUCUCUGGGGGCGUGGUUAUUACGUUGUUGCCCUUACUUCGGUCUUUCAGAUAAAGUUGCGAGUAUACAUCAAGAAAGAGCACAUGCGGGCAGUCAGUCACGUGGAAGCAACUACCUCAAAGAGUGGCUUCGUCGGUGGAGUGUCGAACAUUUUCAAAGGAGCAGCAACGAUCAGGUUUCGUCUCUACGGUAAACAUGUCGCCUUCAUCAACUGCCACCUCACUGCCUUUGAUGCCAGGAUACUCGACAGGAAUACAGAAUACUGGCAGUUCUUCGCUGAACAGGAGUUCGCAGACCCACAGUGCGAGGAAUUGUACCAACACGACUAUGUGAUCUGGUCGGGAGAUCUCAACUACAGGGUAGCCUUUGACAACCUGGAAACUAGGAAGAUGGUUGCAGAUGGUAGACAUCUAGAACUUGUCCAGUACGAUCAGCUGAAAACACAGCAGAAAGAGGGAUUAGCCUUCGUGGGAUUUGAGGAGGGAGAAAUCACCUUCCCUCCAUCCUACAAGUUUGAUAUGGGAACGGAUAUUUUUGAUAGUAGUAAAAAGCAAAGAGUACCGUCCUGGUGUGACAGAGUUCUCUUUAGGACAAAGGGAGAUCGAGAGAUAGCAGCGAACACUGUAAACUGGGAUCCGACAUUAAAGAAUUUGAGUGAUUCAGACAGUGAAUCGGAAGAGAUCUCCAAGAAAAGUGACCUGGUGUCACCAAAACCAGCGAAUAAAUCCAAAAAGUCGCGCACACUUUUCAAAAAGAAGGUGAUGAGGAAGAAAGACCACUGUCUCCGAUCGGAAGAGAUGAGAAGGAAGACCCUGGGUGUUCUACGUAUGAUGCACUUGACAAGCUCUGCAAAGGCUGAUGCCCAGGCCAAGAUAGAGUUAAAGUUCGGGGAUUUUAAUGACAGUGAACAAUUCCAGGAACUGUUAACGAAGAUAGAUAACGAGAGUAAGAAAGUAACCCCUUCAAUCGAAGUGAUAUCCUACAAAAGCUACCCAGAGAUCAAGAUAUCAGACCACAAACCUGUAGCAGCCCUACUGAACGUCGUCAUGCCCUCCAGCCAAGGUAUCCGACAGUUGGAAAUGGAACCACAACACGCCACAUGGUUUAAGAAGAAAUCCAUGAAGAUCCACAUAAAACACCUAGGUAUAUCAGGUAAGAUAAGCCCUGCAAGCUGUGGUCACUGGGUUGGACUCUACAAGAAAGGGUGGGUUAACAAGUCUACCUACUUUACCUCUGCGUACGUCCAGAAGAAGAACAAACCAAAAGGGGGAUAUGAUCUAAAAGCUAAGUUUGGGACUAGGGCUCACCCUGGUGAGGGGGACGCUAUUGAAGCGGUGUACUUCAUGUCUAAAGACGCUUCGGAACCUGCUGCUGUUAUACAAGUUAAAUGUGGAUAUUUUGUGUGAUCAAUGUUAACAGCUGACUGACCCUUAGAGAAUAAAGAUUUUCGAACUUUGUGGCCCGUCAGGAGUGGGGUUUUAUCUAAUUUCAGUUGGAAAUAUUUCAUAUGUUAAUAGAAUGUCGUUAUAAAUUAACGAGUUGUUGAAGUGCAAACUGGUACUGGUACUAUCAUUCAUCAAGAAUACGAUAUUUUGUGAGAAUCAAGGCAAGGCUAUAUUUAGGGACAGAUAUUGGCAUUGCUUCUGUUUGACGGCCAUUAAGCUAGCCAUAUAACUGUAUCUACAGUGUAGUCUCAUAUAUAACUCGACCGAUAUAGAAAUAUAUUCAGCGGUGACGUGACCUAUUUAUCGUCCACAAAGAUCACAUUUGAUAAAGCUAUCUCGGUUAGGCAUCAAACUUAAGUCAAAGUUUUAAAAUAUUCAUAGAUUUAGUUGAAUCGCCAACAAUUAGCGUCAAUGCAGUUUAUAUGUUUUACGGUUAAUAUAAUUUACGGUUAAUGUAAUAUGCAUGGUUCGUCAAAUUUAAUAUUCGUUAAAAGAAUGAUAAUUCAGAUCUCGAUUACCGUUUGAAAAAAUACGAAAUUCAGCAAGUCUUCGAAAUUUUAACUAUAUUGGGGAAUUGAUCCCGUCGGCAUUGCAUUGAUCCUGAGACAUGAAUUUGAUAAUUAAGCAUGAUAUGGUAAAGCAUGCUACAAUAUAUCUUUAGAGUUACUAUUUACAGUCAUUAAUCUCCACUUAUACAUUUAAUUCACCAAACUAAUGUAUAACAAAAGAAUACUGGCGAAGGUUUGAUGAAUUACAAUUACUAGUCCACCAUGGCGAAUUUGCAAAUUGUGUGCUACACCACUAUCAGAAUUUACAACAUGAUGCUUGCUUUGGCAUCAAGUUCGUGCGAUUUGUCAUUGGGUUUUUAUGCUUAAAGUUUUAUUUUGAAUUUAAUUGACUGAAGUUUAUAAUACUUUGAUAUAAAGGAGCAAAAGAAUGUUUCCACUUAUAUGAAA